AUGGAUAAGAAAAUAGCAAACCUGAUAAAAGCCAUCAACAAAAACACAAUAAGAAUAAAGAAACCCCCAGCAGAUGAAGACAAUCAACAAGACCUCAGACUGAAAAACACAGGCCAUUAUUAA